CCCCUCCCGCCGAUUCAAACAAAGUGACAGCGCAUUGCGCAAAAAAACGAAGUUGAGUGUGCAUGUUACACGGUUAAACAUGUUAAAAAGCUUUUCUGAAAUUUUAGUUUUAUGUUACAUUCGGUGCCCAAAUCAUUCUUUAAGAACUGAUAUAUUGAACUUUUCUCCUUCUUGAUUAAGUGACAAACAUAGUUAAAUAAAUAGUGAAUAUAAAAUAAAUUAGAUUUUAACCUUACCUAUCGUUAAGACAGCUGUAUUAUACAAAAAUCACCAUGCCUAAAGGAAGGAAAAAAGGAUCUAAACACGACAAGUACAGGAGUACGGAGCAGCCCAGUUCGUCAGACGAAGAUGCUGGCAUUGAUAUGACCAUCGACAACUGCUCAGAGAUAUCAGCACAGUCCGACUCCAGGAGCAACCAUGACGAAGCAGCUACAGAAAGCGAAGCAGAGAAGCUAGACGAAAAAGUUCUGGAGCUUAUCGACAAUCUGACCGCGCGCUCGGCAGCCGCCCGCGCUACCGCGCUAGGCUCGCUGCGCAGCGCGCUACAGCGGCGCUACCUCGGCUCGCUGCUGGAAAACCAGCGCGCUACGCUAGCCGACCUCAUCUCGCGCGCUAUCAGGAAGGGCCGUGACGCCGAACGCAAGGCGGCUGCCGCUAUUGCACCCCUGCUAUCUUUACAAAUCGGCGAGGAAGGCAUCGAGGAGUUUGUCGCAGAAGUGCGGCCGGCGCUCACCGCCACCUGUGUCGACCGCUCGGCCUCGCUCGAAACCCGCACAGAGUGCUGCUCGUCGCUCGCCGUGCUGUGCUACUUGAUGGAGGAAGACGUCAACGAAAUCGUCGAGAUUAUGAAAAUGUACGAGACCAUCUUCAGCAGAAGUUAUCUGAAGGGCGACGGCAGCGUCAAAGUGUCAGGGCCGGUGCUCGAAGAAGGCGCGUGGCACGCGGCGGCGUUGGACGCGUGGGCGCUACUGCUGAGCUUGCUGAGCGCGCCGCACGCCGCGUCACUGCUACAAGCCACCGCGCCCGCUAUGGCACGCUUUGCAGAGCUUAUGGCGGCCUGUAGUCUCGAGGUGCGCCUAGCAGCCGGCUCGGCCGUAGCCAUCGCCCACGAGUGUACCGGAGUCGAAGCGUGCGAGGAGGUGCUGGCCCGAUUAGGAGAGUUGGCCAAAGACUCCCACAAGUUCCGCGCCAAGCGGGACCGCAAGGUGCAGCGGGCUACCUUCAGGGACAUACUCAAGUAUAUGGAGGAGGACGAGGUCCCCGAACUGGCCGUGCGCGUAGGCACCGAGUGCAUCUGGUGCGCGUCGUGGGGUGCACGCGCGUGCUACGGCGCGCUGGCGGGCGCGCUGGGCGGCGGGCUGGCCGCACUCGCGCCGCACUCGCCGCCGCUGCGCCACGCGCUCGGGCUCGCCGACGCGCCCGUCACCGCCGCGCCGACGCAGAAACUCAACAAGCUGCAGCGGCAUCUCCAAAACAGCGCCGCAUCGAAGGCACGUACGCUCGCCCGCAACAAGACCCGCGACAAGCGCACCGCCGCGCUCGUGGUCUGAGCUCUCUCACUACAGAUUGUUAGUACACAAACACUAAACGCGUCACUCCGCCUCACACUCGACCGCUCGGCCAAUAAAAUAUCAGCACGACUCGUGGCAAACUAUUGUGACCGUAUACUCGUGCAAGAUCUCUAUUGCAAAUGUAUACACGCGAUUUGCCAAAAGGCCGAGCAUGAAGGCGCUUGCAUAAGAAACAGCUCCCCGGUACGAACGCGGCUGCAUCGAAUCGGUGCCGGCUACUUUAGCCAUGAAAUUGAAUCAGCUGGUACUGGAUACCUAUUUCUGUAUGCAAGCGCCCUUAUAAAAAUUUACACAGGUCGUUACUUACCCAUCUCUACCUGUGAAAAAAAAAUUGUUUCGUAUAAAACUUGAAUUUUAGUUUAGUAGUUGACUGUAGAUUGAUCUAUCGACAAUAUCACAUACAAUACUCACCCGAUGUAGGUUGACUUGUCUUUAGAUCAUAUAAACUGCCCAUCUCUGGAUACGAGUGUCAGACCGUCGAGCCCUCCCCUAUGUUACAAGAUUUCUACUCAUUAUGCAUUUAUUCUUAUACAGGUUGUGGUCUGUUUGCACAUGCUACAAUUGAACUCCUAUUUAUCAACUCGAUUGCAUAUUUAUUACCUACUAACUAAAUAGACAUGUACCUUUGUCGCUGAGUAGAUCACAACCUGCUCGACACUCAUAUCUGAUCAUCUAAGAGCAAUAGUAACAGCAUAGUGUGUAGAAAGUUUUAGUUAUAUUUCGCGAGGACGGAUUAAGGACGAAACUUUUUAUUUUGGGGACAUUCUAAAUUGGGAAAGAUCGAAAAGAUUGUAAAAAGGAUGAGAUUCCAAUCGAGAAUCGAAUGUAUCGAUUUUAUAUGAACUAUGUAUGUCCUGAAUCCGUCCUCAUACGACUUGGCCGGCCGGUUCCGACGACGAAAAAAAUGUUUGGCCGUUACUAGUAUUAGGACGAAGCUUAGUGAACGCUAGCGGUUGGAACGAGCUAGUGUUUAGCUUGGUAGGCUAGUUAUCGAACCAAAGAGACGUUUUGAAUACUACAAAACGUCGGAAUCGGCCCCGCCGUGUCGACUGAAUUAGUUUACGAUAUUCAUUAGUUGCGCACCACUAAACGUUACGUCAUAUCGAUGAACUACAAAAACGGAUGUAUCGAAUGUGGUGUUUGUACGUCAUUCGUUUACGACGUCGAUGUAUUUCAAAAUAGUUUAUAUUAUACGAUUGAUGUUUUCAUACCAUUUUGUAUUAAUAACGCAUCUUUGCUUACUCCAUAUCUUGGUGAUUUGGGCUGUUAUCCCGAAUAGUAACUUAUUUUGAUUGUUGCGCGACUACUGCCAUUACUUUUAUUACGAUUUUUAGCGAAUUAUUCUAAUCUAAUUAAUUAUACUUUGUUAUAUUAUUGAUAUUUUUAUAUCAAAAGGACGGUAAGUCGGAGGGGUUUUGAUAUGUUGCUAAUUGAUUACAGUUUAUUGUCGCAUGAUUCCCCUAUAUUACCACAAUUGUGAUGUUUGAACUUUUGUUGUAUUAGAUUUGUGUUAAUUCGGUAAAUAAUCAAGUUGUGGAGUAAGGGACAUUUAUUUUAAUGGUUGAUAUAUAACAACGCGGCGCCUCUGUGCAGCCGUCGCGCAUAAACUUCUUUGUAAAUAUUAUUUUAAUUCGUAUUCCUGUUGCGGACACCUCGAGAAUGUACAUUAAUUAGUCUUAGACAUACGGAACGUUGAAAUAAUAUUUAUAACGAGACA